UUAUUUUAUUAUUUUUUUAAAAAAAGGAAAACCCUAAGCAGCUGUUUUACAGAGCGAUUUUUCUAAAAUCCGUUUAUUAUCAAGAGAGAGAGAGAGAGAGAGAGAGAGAGAGAGAUUUUUUUAAUUUUUGGAUCAAUUAAUUCGAUCCGCGUCCAUAAUGUGAGAACGACGAUAAAAAAUAUUAGGGUUUUCUCUUCCUCUCCCUUUCUCUCUCUCUUUUUGGGCUUCUCCAAUCCCCCUAUUGUAGCUGAUGAGGCAAUCUCGGUCGAAGUUGAUGCUAUGGUUGGAAAUCGAUCGUGGUUUGGAGGACUCUUCAACCGCACGGGAAACAAACGUCAAGGUAGUGGUGAAAGGACUCUUGAUUUGACUCCUCUUCAGGAACAACGGUUGCAAAAGCUUAAGGAUCGACUAAGUGUGCCAUUUGACGAGACUCGGCCAGAUCAUCAAGAAGCUCUCAAAGCACUUUGGCAUGCUUCCUUUCCAGAAACAGAACUUACAGGCCUAGUCUCGGAGCAAUGGAAAGAUAUUGGGUGGCAAGGCCCGAAUCCAUCAACGGACUUCAGGGGCUGUGGAUUUGUUUCACUUGAGAAUCUAUUAUUUCUUGCAAGGACUUAUCCGGCUUCUUUCCAAAGGUUGUUAUUUAAACAAGAGGGCGUAAGAGCAACAUGGGAAUACCCAUUUGCUGUCGCGGGCGUCAAUGUUUCAUUCAUGCUGAUUCAGAUGUUGGAACUGAAUUCAGGUCAAAAAGAAACAGCAAAGCCAAAGUCUCUGCCUGCAAUCAACUUUGUAAAAGUAUUAACAGUUGUUGUCAUUUUAGAAGAUGAAGAAGCAUUCGAUGUUUUAUACUGUAUAGCAUUUGAGAUGAUGGAUGCUCAGUGGCUGGCUAUGCGUGCUUCAUACAUGCAGUUCAAGGAGGUUUUAGAAGCGACGAGAAUCCAACUGGAGAGGGAGUUGUCUUUGGAGGACCUCCAUAGAAUUCAGGAUUUGCCAGCUUAUAACCUUUUGUACAAAUAGUUAUAAAUAGUUCCAUAAUUUCGCAGAUGUUGUAGAUUGUCCAUUGUUAGGAUAACUUUACAAGAACGACGCAACAAAGUACGAAAGAUAUAGCAAGUUGAGUCACAUCUAUAUCUCAUUAUUAGCGAAAAAUUUGCUCAUUUAACCAUAGAACUCAAAAACAGAUGCAAACAAUGCCUUGUUGUAUACUAUUAUUUAAUCUGUUUCUGGACUUGGAAUUGAUUGUAUUAUCCGAAACUUUAAAGAGCUUCCCUGCGAAGUUCAUUUCAUUGUGGUUCCAUAAUUUCAUGUUAACAUUUUCAUAAUCUCAUAGAAUAGCUUUAAUUGUGACUGCAGUAGGAAAUGUAUCAAACAUUCUUGUUAUUCUUUGAGCAAUGAGAAAAGCAUUUACUUGAAUUCCUCUUGUAACUUUCCAAUUUGGAUCUUCUAAUUUCACACAACAAAUAUAAAAUCAUGACUAACAAAUACACCCAUUAACUUCAAUGUAUGCUAUUGGUUUUUUUUUUUUUUUUUUUGAGAGAGAUAGGUAGCAU